GCCACAGCCCCGUGGGGACACAGGACACUCACAGCACGUCCCAGCACCCGCCCGACAGGGAAAGCCAGAAGUGCCUGGGGUGGAAUGCAAGAAAAAUGACAUUACUGCUGUUCCUCUUCCUGCUCGCCCUGCUCCCGGCUGGGUCUGCAAGAGGCAGAUACCUCCCCAAGGCAGCCAUCUCCAGCCCCGUGUUCGGCCCUCGGCAGGUCUAUGGCGUGCUGGGCGGCUCGGUCACCCUGAAAUGUUUCUACCCUGGCACGCCGGUGAACAGACACGACAGGAAAUACUGGUGCAGGGAGCUGGGCUCCCGCUGUGUCACCGUGGUGGCCACACGCUACGUGGCUCCCGACUACCAGGACAGAAUCUCCCUCACCGACCACCCCGAUGCCGAGAACUUCCAGAUCAACAUCUCGGCGCUGAGGCUGGAGGACGCCGGCACCUUCCAGUGCGGCGUGGGGGUCAACGGCAGAGGGCUGUCCCACAGGGUCAUUCUCAGUGUUGCUGAAGCCCCACCUGUUCCUGAGGCAGCUGAGCUCUUCUACUUGAAGCUCCGCAGCACCUGGACCGUGUCCUGCAGCUUUGGGGAGGACACUGUGGACCUGAGGAGGUACCUGUGCAAGAAGGAGAAGGACAGCUGCCGGAACAUCAUCGACAGCCAUCGGAACAUUGAUCCGGAUUUCCAAGGGAGAGUUCUGCUGGCUUUUGAGGAGCCUCCAGGCUCCUUCAGUGUCACGAUGACUCAGAUGGACUGGGAAGACACAGGCUUGUACUACUGUGGGGCCGGUGAAUAUGGGAAGGAAGGAAAAUCGAAGGAACUGGACGUGUUUAUCUACGAGGACAAAAACUUCCCUCAGAUAAAGACCAUGGUAACCGGAAAAAAAGGAAGUUCAGCAACCUUCGAGUGCCUCUAUAAUCCUCUAACGAAAUCUUCCACGAGGAUCUGGUGCAAGUGGAGGCCCCAGGGAUGUGACAAGAUCAUAGACAACACCGGCUACGUGAAGUACAACUAUGAAGGAAGAGUGGCCAUGUUCGAGAACCCCGGAAACAAAACUGUCACCGUCAUCCUGAACCAGCUGCAGGCCAAGGACGAGGGCUUUUACUGGUGCAUGUCAAAUGAACUGAAGGAGCAGCAGUCAUCCACAGAACUGAAGGUUGUGGAAGGAGAACCUGCGCUGACAGGACCAAAGGAAGUGGAGGCACAAGUGGGCUCCAGGGUGGACUUAACCUGCUCUUACCCCUGCAAGUACUACUCCUACGAGAAGUACUGGUGCAAGUGGAACUACACGGGCUGCUCCAUGCUGCCAGCGCUGGAUCAGGGGCUGCCAGGGCCGGGUGCCAGCUGUAACGCAUCCACCAGGACGGCUGUGCUGAGCUUUGACCCGCUGACGGAGGAAGAUGAAGGCUGGUACUGGUGUGGGGUGAAACGCAACGGUGCCUUUGGGGAAACCAUGGCCGUGGAGCUGCGGGUGAGCACAGGGAGCGAUGCCAAGCACAGCCCAGAGCUCCUGGAUGUUGAUUCCAGCCGUGAGUCUGGAGCUGUUCCCCCAGGAGGAGCCUACAGCGAUGCUGAGGUGCGAAAAGGAGCUGUCCCAGAAAGCUCUGAGGAAAGCCAUGGCUCUAACACUCUGGCCUUAGUGCUGGGCCCUCUUGCUGGUCUGAUCCUGAUUGUUGUGACAGCUUUUGCCAUUUUCAAAUACAGGCAGCUGAAGAGAUCUGACCUGGUGUCCGUGGGGAGCUACAGGACAAACAUCAGCAUGUCAGACUUCGAGAGCGUGAGGGACCUCAGUGCCAGCAACAACGCGAAGGAGAUCCAGGACACCCCCAUGGGAGGGGACGAGCCCACCACCACCACGGAUGCUCCGGAAAGCACUGCCGACACAACGAAGGCAAAAAGGAGCUCCAAGGAGGACGCUGACCUCGCCUACUCCUCCUUCCUCGUCACCUCCGACAGCAUCGCCCAGCGCAGCUCCGGUGGGGACAGCGCAGUCCUGGACGUGUCCCCCAGCCAGGACCGGGUCUGAGGGGCAGGUGGCAGCACCUGGGACUGCCUCUACCUUGAGAAUCACUUCACAAUUCAUUGAUCCCACAGUUUGCUAUAACUUGACCUUUUUUUUUUCUUUUUGCUUAAAUUCAGCUUUGAGUGGUGAUUUAGGAGGAAUGGUUUGAUUCCCAAGGGGGCUGGAAGUGCAGGUCUGAGUGAGGAGGUUGGGCUGGGAAACAGCAGGAACUCGAGUGGCUCGUCCCACCAGCAGCCCCAGUUCCUACACUGGGCUCUCACUGGCCAGAAGGAGCAUUGUGAAAAAAAAAAAAAUCCCAUUUUCUUUUAAAGGCAGCUGGAAAACCCUUUAGAACAGCAUCUGAUGCUUUUGAUUUCCCUAAGCUUUCCCGACCUGAGGGCAGCACCUGCAGGCCAGACACGUCUGGAGUGUUUGUAUGCAUGAUCAAUAAAGAAUCCAGUGGCUUUCAGCAGA